AUGGCAUGGACCGCGUCUACAAACCCCGAGCAGGAGUACCACGAGUCGGUCCACUCUGUUGAUGAAAAAGCAUCGCGACUUGCCGAUCUCAUCAAACAAAGCAAGCACUUCAUCGUAUUCACCGGAGCUGGUAUCUCGACAUCUGCGGGAAUUCCCGACUUUCGCGGCCCCGAUGGCACGUGGACACUCCAGGCGCAGGGGCGAGACAGAACUGGCCCGACGACUGAUACCCUUCAGGCGAUCCCUACCUUGACACACAUGGCGCUCGUCGAGUUACAGGACCGCGGACUGUUAAAACACGUAAUUAGCCAGAAUUGCGACGGUUUGCAUCGACGGAGUGGGAUCUUGCCGGAGAAUAUAUCAGAGCUGCACGGAAAUAGCAAUCGUGAGUAUUGCAAGGACUGCGGAAAAGACUACAUUCGAGAUUUUCACGCUACAGCCACCUACCAAACCAGCGUGCACGACCAUCGAACGGGUCGCAAGUGUGCCCGAUGUGGCGGAGAUCUCCACGAUAGCAUCAUAAACUUCGGAGAGGCGCUACCGGGGGAUGUCUUGGACAUCGCGUUCGAACACGGCCAGAAAACGGACCUCUGUAUUGUCCUCGGUUCAUCGCUGACGGUCUCACCCGCCAACGAGAUUCCUGAACAGAUUGGCUGUCGCCAAUAUUCACUUCGUUGGCCGGCUACCCUGGCGAUCUGCAAUUUGCAGCCAACACCGCAGGAUGAUCUGGUCACUAUGCGCAUUUUUGCAAAGACUGAUAACCUGAUGGUUAAGGUGAUGGAGAAACUUGAAAUCCCCAUUCCACCAUUCAUUCUUCGCCGACUUGUGACUCUGAAAAUAGAGAAUGGGACUCACAAUACUUCACUGGUCAGCGUCAUGGGAAUAGACACCGACGGCACACCGGCAUCCUUUCUCCGCACAGUCAAAUUACUCGAUUAUGAUUAUUGCAUGAUUGCCGAACCGUUCAUAGCGGCUAUCAGUGGCCCUUUGCAAGCGGACACUGUAUUCAAUAUUGAGCUUGAAUUCAUGGGCCACUAUUGCGAGCCAAAGCUCAUCAUACCACACAAAUUCGAGGGGUCAGGUGCCAGCGAGUGCAUCUAUCUGUUAGAGUACGAUCCCAGCACAAGACAAUGGGAAGUGGCUCCAGAGACGACAAUGCAAAGCACGCACAUGUAG